GUUCAACCAAGCGGUGUCUUUUCUCUCUCUUCUGGCAAUAAUGGAACUCAAAGUAGGAGUCGAAGGACAGAGAGAAUUGAACAACAGGUUGAUGUCACAGUUGACGGACCCCGAGGGGACUCUGUUGGGAGCUCCUUUGGCCAUGGACAUUGGGUUAAUUCCCUGGCAUUGAGUACAGAAUAUGUUCUUCGGGUUGGUGCUUUUGAUCAUACCGGUAAACAACAUUCAUCUCCGGAUGAGAUGAAAGAGAAUGUUUUGGAGCGGUAUAAAAAGAUGAAGGGCAAUGCCCUUGAAAUAUUGGUUUCAAGGUCUGAUGACUUCACCAUGUUUCUUUGGGAACCUACUGUCAGCAAACAUCCCAAAACUUGA